GGAAAUCUGUGUACAUUCUUAAACCCCCAGCCGCCCAACGUGAAGGGGGUCUCCCCGAACCGCGAUUCUGCCUAAAUCACAGUAUUUUUGUUUGUGCAUAUACCUCGGUUUCCAUGGAGGAAUUCCAAAAAACUUGCCGAGAUGUCAUAUCGCAGGAUCCAAAGACCACCAUACGCUCAAUUUCCUCCUUCUUUGAAAAAUCGAACCUCAAUUCUUCCACCUCUGGCUCCUCACAAACCUCACGAGCAGCUGCUGAUCACUCUCAGCUCUUGCUCGCCCGACCCCCCAGACAAAUGGUAUCACUGUGGACGUGCUCAAAGCUUUGUGCUGUGUGCUUUGUUGCUGGAAUAUUCGUAGGAUACACUAUGAAUUGGCGUGUCAAGCGGUGGGCUUCCAAGCUGCUCAAGCGGUUGAAGGACUUUUGACGCACUCUCCCAUUUCAGCUCAGAAUCGGUGUUAAACUGUGUACUUCAAGUGGAUAAGCAUACACGUGUUUUGAGGAGUUUUAUGAUUCAAGCCGCUAUUUUUGGAACAGUUGUAUUUGCUUAUUGAAGAUAUGUCAUUAUGUUGUUUUGUCAUUGAAGUAGAAAUUAAUUGAAAAAUAUUUCCCUGUGUUUCUUCUUUUGAACUAAAUUCUUUCACCCUUCUUGCCCUAAAAAC